AUGAAGAUAUUGUUAGCGGUAGCAGUUCUCUGCCUAGCGGCAGCUUAUGGUAGGGAGUUAGGUGAAGAAGAAAAGGAUCUCGUUGCUGCAGCUAGUGGUAAGAGCAGUCACCACGAAGAAGGUGGCGGUAAGGAACAUCAUGCUCAUCAUCACCAUGAACAUGGUGAAAAAGGACACAAAGGCCACAAAGGACAUCAUCACCAUCACAAGGGUGAGCACGGCGACCAUGGUAAACACCAUCAUGAAGGACAUCACCACGAACACGGUGGUCACCACAAGAAACAUCAUGAUGAACACGAACAUCAUGGUCAUCAUCACGAGCAUGGUCAUCACCACAAAGGCGGUAAACACGGUGGUCACAAACACCACGACAAAGGAGAAAAGACUGACGGGUACCAUAAGAAAUAUCACAAGGACGAGUUCCACAAGGAUCAUCACUUUUACGAUGAUCAUCACAAAGAAGGUAAACAUCACAAGCAUGGCAAACAUCACGGACAUCACGAACAUAAAGGAGGAGACCAUAAAAAGGGAGGUCAUCAUGAACAUGGUCAUCAUGAGCAUCAUCAUGGCAAGCAUGGCCAUCAUGACAAGCAUCAUCACGAUGAGGAUCAUCAUGGACACAAGGGUCAUCACGGCCAUGAGGAACAUCAUCAUCAUCAUCAUGAUCACGGCAAGAAAGGUGGUCACAAGGACCAUAAAGACUGGGGAUACCACCACGGCAAACAUUAA